AUGUCGGACUCGGAAGAGUACGAGUACGAGUAUGACAGCGACGAGGAGCUCGAUCACGACGAGCAGACGUCGACAGGAGCUGCUAAAGACGAGGAGAACGAAGGCGCUGGAGAGCAGCAGCGCCGUGUCGCUCGGGAUGCGCAGAUCGCGCUCGAGAACACGUUCUACGAGGCCGAAGAUUUCUACCAUCGCGGCGACUGGACACAGGCGUUUACGUAUUUCGAGCGCGUGAUUGCAAUGGAGAGGGAGACGAGGCAGCAGAAGGAGUGCAAGUGGAGCUUCCCGGCGCUGGAGCAAUUGGUGAAGAUCUGCGUCCGUCGGUGUGAGUGGGACGAGAUGCUGCGGCACUACGAGCAGAUGCUGGAACACUUGGCGUUUGUAACGAGGAACGAGAGCACCGAGUCGAUCUCGUCUAUCUUGGAUGUUGUAUCGGACGCAUUAGGCAAAGAACGGAAAGGAGGGGCCAAGUAUACGUCGAGAAUGUACGAGUUGACGCUGGAGAAGCUCAAGGACGUGAAUAACGACCGACUGUGGUUCAGCAUGAACACCAAGCUGGGGAAACUGUACUUGGACAUGCACAACUUUGACCAGUUGCAAAAGCUGUUGCAGCAGCUCUAUGCAUACUGCCAGACGUCGGAUGGAGAGCAGGAUAAUGCGAAAGCGACGUCGCUGUUAGAAGUCUACGCUCUGGAAAUUCAGCUAUGUGUCGCUACCAAGAACAGCAUCAGAAUGCGCGCCGUCUACCCAAAGACACUGGAUCUGGACGCAGCUGUGGCUGAUCCGCGAGUCAUAGGCUUUAUCCGUGAGGAGGGUGGUAAAAUGUACUUGGAAGAGAAGGAAUGGAUGCUGGCGUAUAACGAGUUCUUUGAGAGCUUUCGCAAUUAUCAGGAAGCUGGUAACUCACGCACAACGGACUGUCUGAAGUAUGUCGUGCUAGCCAGUAUGUUAGCCAGCUCGAAUAUCAAUCCUUUUGAUUCGCGAGAAGCAAAGGUGUAUCAAGAUGUGGAAGAGGUCGGCGCGAUGCUGCUGCUGCGGAGUGCCUAUGAAGCCAACGACAUUGUGCAGUUUGAGAAGGUGUUGAAGAACCCAAGCUACAAACUGCUGAGUGAUCCGAUAAUGAACCAGUGCUUGAACCCGUUGCUGCGCAAUAUACGAUGUCAAGCUAUGAAGACCAUUGUACGUCCAUACCGAACGAUCCGCGUUGAGAGCCUCUCAAAGCGGAUGAACAUUACGACGGAGGAUGUCGAAGAUAUUGCUAUUGCCCUCAUUCAAAAUUGCGAGCUAGACGCCAAGAUUGACCAGAGCAGGGGGCUUCUUGUCUUGCAGACGCGACAAAAAGCCCGAGGUGCUCACAAGACGUACGAUGCGUUGGAUCGAUGGACUCGAGCUCUUGCCUCGACACAUGCAUCGGUUGCCGCGCGGGUACUUGCACCACCGUGA